AUGGCAGAACUCCGCCGAAAGCUCGUCAUUGUCGGCGAUGGUGCUUGCGGAAAAACGUGUCUGUUGAUUGUUUUCUCCAAGGGUACCUUCCCCGAGGUCUACGUCCCCACCGUUUUCGAGAACUACGUCGCCGAUGUCGAGGUUGAUGGCAAGCACGUCGAGUUGGCACUAUGGGAUACUGCUGGCCAGGAGGAUUACGACCGUCUCCGACCGCUGUCAUACCCUGACUCCCACGUUAUCCUGAUUUGCUUUGCUGUCGACUCCCCCGACUCUUUGGACAACGUUCAGGAGAAGUGGAUUUCUGAGGUCCUGCAUUUCUGCCAAGGCCUUCCCAUCAUCCUCGUCGGUUGCAAGAAGGAUCUGCGUUACGACAACAAGACCAUUGAGGAGCUCCGCAAGACAAGCCAGAAGCCCGUCAGCCCCGAGGAGGGUGAGGAGGUCCGCAAGAAGAUCGGUGCCUACAAGUAUCUCGAGUGCUCAGCCAAGACCAACGAGGGCGUCAGAGAGGUUUUCGAGCAUGCCACACGUGCUGCACUCCUGCAGCGGAAAGGCGGCAGCAAGAAGCACAAGUGCCUCGUCCUGUAA